ACUUUACUUACUUUUUUGCACGAAAAAUAUGUCUGCUACUCAAGAAACUACUGCCACUGAGCCUACUGUCACUUCUCCUACUCCCGCUCCUGCCGCUGCUGAGCCCGAAGCUGUGGCUCCUGCUACCACUGCUCCUGUUGUAGUUGAGGAACAGAAACCUUCUGAGAACGUCCAGACCACCGCCGAACCAUCCAAGGAGCCAGAGCAACCCAACUCUGAAGAAUCCAAGGAUGCCACUGCCCCUGCUGCUGUUCCCGAACGCUCAUCAUCACCUGCCAGAUCAGGUACGAAGCGUCUUUCCAUGUUCCUCAACAAGGCCAAGAAAUCCUUUUCUGGUGACAAGGCCGUUCCCGCGGAAGAAGUCAAGCCGUCUUCUGAAACACCUGCUCCUGUGGUUGAAGAGAACAACGAAUCUACUACUCCUGAACCCGCUACCACAGCCGAUUCGACCGAAGCCGCGCCUACUUCUGCUGCUGCCUCACCUGAACCUGCCAAGUCAGAACCGUCUCACGAAGAAAAGAGAAAAUCUCGAUUCCUCAACGGCAUUUUUAGCCGUAGCAAGAGCCCUUCCAAGGAAGACACCAAGCACAAACACGAAGAAAAGAAGGAACAGGAAGCCUCCGCUCCAGUCACCGGCGAAGCGGCUGCAUCUGUCGUUGACAAUGAGCCUGCUACCACUGCUACUACCGCGGAAACGGCCGAAGAAACCAACAAUAACGAAGCUUCUGCUACUGCCGAACCUGCGACUGCUGAAGCUACCGAAUCUCAGUCUGCUACUGCCGCUCCAGCUUCACCCAAGCCCAGCAAGGAAACCAACGUGAUCGAUCAGAUCAAACGUCACUCAUUUGUGAAUAAGUUCUUUGGUCACAAACACAAAAAGGAUCAUGACGCACCCAAGUCGACCACUACUCCUGAAUCAAAUGAAGCUGCCAAUGAGCCGGAAACGGAAGUUGCUGCUGGUGUACCUGAAGUUCCUAUUGAACCUGCCGCUGCUGAACCUGCCGCUGCUGCUGCUGAACCUGUUGAACCCGCCUCUGAACAAAAGGCUACGACCACCAAGGAAGAAAAGCCGAGCUCUCGACCCAGCUCUCCUUUGGGUCGUCGUUUGACACAGAUGCUUCGUGGUUUCCCCAAAAAGGAUAAGAAGGAAAAGGAAAAAGCCGAUAAGCCUGCUUCUCGUGAAGAACCGGUGGCCGAAGAAACUUCGGCUCCAGUAGAUGCUGCAACCAAAGACUUGCCUCCCAAUCCCGAAGGUGCCGAGCCCAGUGCCAAGACCACCGAAGAAUCGGCCACGAAGCCUGUUGAACAAGAAAACAAGGAAGUCAAGAACACCGUGGAAGCCGCUGCCACCUCGGCACCUGCUGUUGAAGCUUCAGCAUAAAUGACAGGUAUUGGAUGGCACUCUCUCUUGUCUUCCUUAUCGAUCAGUGAUCCGUCAACCUUUCAAAUGAUUAUUAUUAUACUAUUUUCGCUCUUUUCUUUUCAUCUUCCUUCUUUGCUUAUUUUACUUUGCGCUUAUUUUUAAAUUUCAGUAAUUCAUUCAAUCUAUACUUUUUAUUAUUAUUGUUAUUUUCUUCUUUCCUUUCCUUUCUUUUACAGCUUUUACUUUAUUUUCACCCAUUAAUGCCUUUUGGCUCAAUAAAGUUACACUAAUGAUCAAAAAAAUUUUCUCUCCCAAAAAUAAAAACGUUGCCCUAUUGCACCGGUUUUAGCAAUGUACCAC